GAAAUGCACAAUUUUGAGGAUGAGUUAACAUGUCCCAUUUGUUACAGUAUUUUUGAAGAUCCUCGUGUACUACCAUGCUCUCAUACAUUUUGUAGAAAUUGCUUGGAAAACGUUCUACAGGCAUCUGGCAACUUUUAUAUAUGGAGACCUUUACGAAUUCCUCUUAAGUGCCCUAACUGCAGAAGUAUUAUUGAAAUUGCUCCAACUGGUAUUGAAUCUUUACCUGUUAAUUUUGCAUUAAGGGCUAUUAUUGAAAAGUACCAGCAAGAAGACCAUCCGGAUAUUGUCACCUGCCCUGAGCAUUACAGGCAGCCAUUAAAUGUUUACUGUCUACUGGAUAAAAAAUUAGUUUGUGGUCACUGCCUUACCAUAGGUCAACAUCUUGGCCAUCCUAUAGAUGAUCUUCAGAGCGCCUAUAUGAAAGAAAGGGACACACCUCAAAAACUGGUUGAACAGUUAACAGACACACACUGGACAGAUCUUACUCGUCUUAUUGAAAAGCUGGAAGAACAAAAAUCUCAUUCGGAGAAAAUGGUCCAAGGUGAUAAGGAAGUUGUUCUCCAGUAUUUUAAGGAGCUUAGUGAUACAUUAGAACAGAAAAAAAAAUGUUUCCUAACUGCUCUUUGUGAUGUUGGCAAUCUGAUUAAUCAAGAAUAUACUCCACAAAUUGAAAGAAUGAAAGAAAUGAGAGAGCAGCAGCUUGAAUUAAUGACAUUGACAACAUCUUUACAAGAAGAGUCUCCACUUAAAUUUCUUGAAAAAGUUGAUGAUGUCCGCCAGCGUGUGCAGAUCUUGAAACAAAGACCACUUCCUGAGGUCCAACCUGUUGAAAUUUAUCCCCGAGUAAGCCAAGUAUUGAAAGAAGAUUGGAGCAGAACAGAAAUUGGACAAAUUAAGAAACUUCUCAUUCCUGAAAUGAAAAUUUCUUCAAAAAGGAUGCCAUGUUCCUGGCCUGAUAAAGAUAAAAAAGAAGUUGAAUUUUUUAAGAUUCUAAACAUUGUUAUAGUUACACUAAUUUCAGUGAUACUGAUGCUGAUCCUCUUUUCUAACCAUCGCAUAAUAACUUUUUUAAAUGAAAUCACUUCAGUAUGUUUUUCUGAAGUCUCUCUAUCUGUUUACCAAAGUUUAUCUAACAAUCUGCAUGAUUUAAAGAAUAUACUGUGUCACACUUUAUAUUUACUGAAGGAAUUCAUGUGGAAAAUAAUUUCUCGUUGAAAAUUCAAGUCUGAAUUAUUUAAAUAGGCUUAUUCUAUACAGCAGAGACUAACAACCACAGUUAAACGGAGGAAUGGGGUAGCAUGGACAAAUAAAAUAGCAAGCUAAACAUUAUUAGUUGUAACAAAUAUAGAAAUGUUAAACCUUUUAUGCUUCUGUUGAAUAGAAAGUGUCAUCAAAAGUUAGAAAUGAGACAGAAUGUCUGGUUUUCUGAAAACCAGAAUAAAAUCUGGUAAUUACUUGAUUUGAGUAUUAAUACAUUAUCCCACUUUUACUGGUUUGAGAGGUUGACAAUAUCACUGUGACAUUUAAACAUUCUUGUACUAAUACUCCUUUAGCAUUAUAUACUGCAGUGGUUGGCUUUGCACUUCUGUGUAUAUGUAGCUUUUAAUUAAAAAGUGAAAUCCUGAAAGGUGUAAGCCUUUAUUUUGAUGUGGCUUGACACUUGAAUGGGCAAAUAAGGAUGGUGAGAAGAGGUUUUAAAUUCAAGCAGCAAAAUCUCAAAGUGAUAGGGGUUGCUUAUGUUAAAAAUGUGUUUGAUCAGAUGUACCUGAUCCACACAUUAAUGUGUUUUAGGUAAACUUAAGAGCCUUAAAAUGUUUAUCAACAUUCAUUCCUAAUUAAAUUAUUGCUUUUGGAAAUCCAAAGUGCUGUUAGGGACCAAACAGUAACAUUUUCUAACCGUUGUUAUUCUGUGGUUUGUGUUAAUUUAUUUUAGGAUUGUAUUCGACUUUUGUGCAGUCUUCAGUCUUGUCAGUCAAAUCAGUUCUUGGAUAAAAACUCUGAAACAUGGUACUAGAACAGAUAUUACCGAUAUAUUCCACCCUUAUCAGACUGACGGCAUCAUGUUCUGCAUGUCUUUAAAAUUGUCUUAAAUUUUUCUGUCAAACUUUCUCUUACUCUAAUGCCAAAGUAUCAAUAAUCUUACGUUCUUGAAUUUUGGUAUAAAGGGAGCCUACUUUAAGUCAAAUCCCUUUGAUUUAGUUCCCGUUUUAUUAACAGUGACUGGAGUUGUGGUGCUUUGUGGUAGGACUUUUUGCCUCUCUGUCCAUACAACCCUAAGUGCAAGCUCAUUUGCUUUCCAGAAAUUCCAAAUUAGCUGUUGUUCUUAGAUCACAUCUGCAGUUCAGACUUCCCAGGUCGGAUUAGGGAAUGCUCCUGCUCCUAUAGAUAACAUGGCUGUAAUCAGGACACCAGUUCUAAAAUAUUCCUAAUGUCUUAUCUGCUGAGAACAAAUCUGAGUACGAAGAUGCUUGGCUGUAUUGUCAACUUAUGAUCAGAAUCAGAAUAGCAUGAUUAACUGUUGUGUGGGCAAAGAACAUUUGGAGGGUAUAAUGGAGGUAUUCAGCUACACACUCACUGUAGACUGAAGUUGCACUGAUUUAAGUACUAGUCACAACAUAAACGCCAUGUACGUUUUGGAAUACAUGUGUAAGUAUUAGUAAGCACUGAAAUGUGCCAAACAUUUAAUCUCACAUUUGUGAAGUAGGUAUUAACCCUUGCUUUUUGUAGAUGAGGAGACAGACACUAAAGUGCUUGCUCAAAGCCAUAUAUCUAGUAUAUGAAAGACCCAAUGUAUUCUUUAGAGUUCAUCUGUCGUGCUACCUUUAAAGGAUUUAAGCCAAGAUUUUUAUUAAAUUAGUUUCUAAUCUAUGUCUAAGAACUACACUAAAAAUUGAAGCGUUUUAGGUUUGACAUUAAUAUUUUGUAACUUGCCAGUUUUUAGUAGACAAAAGUUUAUUUUUGGAUACUUUCUAUGUAGUGUGCAUGAAUACAGUCAAGGAUACAAAUAACUGAUUCUUAUAAAUGCUGUUCUCUUUUGUAUUUUUACCAGGAGGAUGAGAUUGUAAAAUUUAAAGUAUAUAAUCUUGAAAUAUUUCUCAGGUUUAUGUAUAACAAAAGUAUGUAUUUUAAUAAACUCAUUUUGGUAUUUUA